UUCUGAAAAUGAGAUGAACGUAGUGUUGGGGUGGAGACAGAGAAUUCUUGAUAAAUGCGGUGGUUCUUGUUCUCCAUCUCAUCAGAAACCUGACAGUCAAGAAACAGUCCGAUCACAGAGCAGAAUAAUAAUUAUGAAGUUCAACAGCACUUUGAGUGUUGCUGCAAUCACACUUCUCUACAUAACAGGUUCGCUCUGCCAGUUAGAUGUAUGUGGUCGAGCCCCCCUCAAUAACAGGAUUGUUGGAGGGGAGAAUGCGACGGCAGGUGAUUGGCCGUGGCAGGUCAGCAUUCAUCUCACCUUUCAGGACGUCAACUUUGGCCAUUUCUGUGGCGGGACUCUCAUCAAUAAAGACUGGGUUUUAUCUGCAGCUCACUGCUUCCAGUGGUUCAAUGCAUCUUACAUUGUGAUGUACUUUGGGCGUCUGAACCAAUCCGGCUUUAACCUUUUUGAGACAAACAGGACAGCGAGACGAAACAUCAACCAUCCUAACUUUAACAUUUCUAAUCUUGACAACGAUGUAGCACUGGUCCAGCUCUCCUCCUCUGUGACUUUCUCUGAUUACAUAAGGCCGGUCUGUCUGGCAGCGGCUGGGAGUGUAUUUGGUGGAGGUACGGAGAGCUGGGUCACUGGAUGGGGCAGACUACAACCUAAUGGCACCCAGCUUCCUGACAUACUGCAGGAGGUGAUGAUACCAAUUGUGAACAACAGUGCCUGUGCUAAUGCUUAUGGAGGGGUCAACAUAAGCAUCACAAGCAAUAUGAUUUGCGCUGGAUUGUUAAAUCAGGGAGGAAAAGGUGCAUGUCAGAGGGCGCACACAAACUCCAGAAAACAUACAACGGCUAGUGCUCUGCUGGCUCCAAGCCAGAAAGAGCAGGAGAUGGCGGAUGAGGAUGAAGAAGUUGAGACUGAAUCCUCUCAUUCCUCCUGCCCUGCGUACUCUGAGUUGCUUGAGGUUAUGGAACGCGCCACAGCGAGGCUUGACUUGCCGUGGAAGCGGGUUAAGAAAGUGGCGCCUCGUGGCUGCCUCGAUGAGCGUUAUCUUUCUGAUCAUAACCCUCCAGCUUAA